GCGUGGCAUAUUGAUGCGGAAGUUUUACGAUACUUCCUGUUGUUUAAAAAGGUAGCAUUUGGUCAUAAUUCCAGAAAUAUUUAUUUGUUAUUUAUUUUAAUACCAUGUAUGUAAGUAAUUUUAGGGCAUCAUGAUCACCAGUUUCAGCUUCAUCUGUGUUUUUGCAGUGCUGAUAAACAAAGUGUCUCUGCAGGAAACAGUAGAGGCUGUUAUUGGUGGUUCUGUUGUCCUGCCGUGUUCUUCCACUGAACGUGCUCUUAAACUUCAAGACAUUGAUGUACACUGGAGACACAAUGACAGUAAGAUUGUGUAUGAUAUAAUCAAGUGUCAAGAUUCACUACAGAAACAGGACCCGCAGUACAAGAACAGAGCUGAAACCUUCCCUGAUGAGCAUCUGAGAGGAAACUUCUCCAUCAAGAUCAACCAUCUCACUCAUGAUGACGCAGGAGAGUUCAGCUGCUUCAUCACACACUCAUCUGAACAGAAGACUGUACAGCUGAUCAUCAAUGAAUCAACAGCAGAAAAAGGAAACAAAUCAACCGAUCAAGGAAACAACAGAGAAGAAGCAGGAACAGCUGUGGUGACAUCAUCAACAUUACUCUGGGUUUACAUUGUAUUACCUGUAGUAUUAUUAAUCUUAUAGCCAGUUUUGUCAUAUUUCACUUAAGAAAAAGAAUUCAAGCUGCCUUAUUCCCUUCUGAAGAACCAAGACCAGAGACAGAAAUGACAAAUCAGGGCUAAAAGCUUUUCUGAUUUUUUUUUAAGAAUGGUAAGAAUAUAACCUUGUAGUUAUAUGCUGCAUUCACGCCAUCUCGUAGUUACUGGAAUCUUGAGAUGACAACAUGUGACGUUAUAUUCGGAGCUGUUCAUGUCCUUUGACUGGGAAUUAUGCGUUUCUAUGGCACCACUAUCAACGCCUAAAUAAAUCUACAGCGGUCAGGUGGUACAGGUGGUACAUGUGGGAGCUUUCAGAAAACUCCCAGCUUACAAGCUGUAAUUACAAGCUCUAUGAGGACGUGAACGCUUUUUACGAGCCAGAAUCUCAUUGUUAGAGGAAUUACGAUAUGGCGUGAAAGCACCUAUAUUCUUAUCAUAUGCACUCCAUUGUUUUUCAUUUAUUGUAUAAUUGAAUUACAUUUUGAAACACUGAAAAAUGAUUUUUUUUUGUUAAAGUUAAAAAAUGAAUGAGUCUGUCAGUAUGUUGCUGCCUGAACAAUUCUGUGCCACAAGUGUUUUUUUCAUAAUGUUGCUUUUGCCAGUAUUAAAUGCAUUUGUAUUCUUUA